AUGGAUGGAAAAAAAGAUGCAACGGCGGAUAAUGCAGAAGCAGUCGAGGAAGAUGGGCAGAUUGAAGGGAGUGACAAAAAACCAAGUUUCUCUUCUAUACUUCAAAGGGGCACUGUCCCAGCAAUAUCGUUAGAUCAGGGUGACCUCUCAGUUUUGGCUGAUGUUGGCGUAACUGCUUAUAAUGCUUCAUCGCUAGAAAGUAAUUUCAUGCAACAGGUAACGGACUGUUUCAAACAGGGCUCCAGUGUCCUUCCUGAUUGCUCUCGGUCAUUUGAAGAGAUUGCUAACGACAGUAGUAAAAUAAAAGACUCGGGCAAAUACAUUUAUGAUACUGAUGCAAGUUUCCGGAAAGAUAUUAUUGAUUGCAUCUUUGAACCAUCGACUUCUUGCAUUGCUGAAAAGGAGAAGGAAGCUGGUUUCUCUGACUCCGAUUCCAAAGAUUCCUCUGAAUAUUUCGGUGAGGAGUUGAGCGAUGAAGAUACAGAUGGAGGUUCAGACAGGGGUUUUGGUACAGGCAGUAAAGGUAGAAAGGUUCGAAUUACGAAAAAGAAAGAAGCGUCAAAAAAGAGUACGAAGAGAAUGCGCGAUGAUUCCUAUGACGAAGAGUUUGAUGAGAGAAUAAGGUCAGUCAAAGCUGAAGAAGAACUGUUGAAGUUGGAGGGUUCUUAUGAUGGCAGUUUUCAUGAGCUUGAUUCAGGGUUGAGGAUCCCGAACGUUUGUUGGAAAAAGUUGUAUAAGUAUCAAAAGACUGGUAUAAAAUGGUUAAAUGUAUUACAUGAGCAGUCAGUUGGAGGUAUAUUGGCUGAUGAAAUGGGUUUGGGUAAAACGAUCCAAAUAGUCUGCUUUUUACGAGCACUUUGUUGUACGCAGGCUGUUUCAUCUGGUUUCAGUUUCCGGGGGUUAGGCCCAGUUCUUAUCAUCUGUCCCACUACACUGAUGCAUCAGUGGUUGAAAGAAUUUCGUAAAUGGUUUCCUUUGUGCCGAGUAGCGAUAUUUCAUUCAAGUGGAACGUUUCGCGGAAAAAAUUCAACGCUCAUUAGGAAAUUUUCUGUGCCACGAAAGGAUGGUUCGGUCUUAAUUACAUCAUACUCGACUUUUACCAAAAAGUACAAAUCUUUAGUUGCGGCGGAGUGGCAUUAUGUUAUUUUGGAUGAAGGCCACAAAAUCAGGAAUCCUAAUGCUCAGAUGACUGUAGCUGUGAAAGACGUUCGUACUCCUCAUCGGCUACUUCUUUCUGGUUCACCUCUUCAGAACAACCUUAAGGAACUUUGGUCUCUUAUCGAUUUUAUAUAUCCUGGUCGGCUUGGUUCUUUACAGUCGUUUACAGAGAAGUUUGCGAUACCAAUUACUCAAGGCGGUUAUGCCAAUGCCAACUCAGUUCAAGUUCGGACAGCUUAUAAGUGUGCUUGUGUUCUCAGAGAUGCAAUAUGUCCCUAUCUUCUGAGAAGGAUGAAGAAAGACGUAGAGAUGGUUAUUCAGCUACCUUCAAAAACAGAACAGGUGCUGUUUUGUGAAAUAACGUCUUUUCAAAGGAAGUUGUACAAAGAGUAUUUAUCAUCUCGCGAGUGCGGUAGGAUUCUUGCUGGGAAAAUGGAUGCUUUUGUUGGUUUAAUUGCUUUAAGAAAGCUUUGUAAUCAUCCAGAUCUGAUAACGGGAGGUCCAAAUAAACAUGGUGAUUAUAAUAUAUCGCUUGAUGAAGACAUGGACUUUGGCGCGCCGUGUAGGAGUGGGAAAAUGAUGGUAUUGAAAGCUUUACUCAAGUUGUGGCGUGAACAGGACCAGAGAGUUCUUAUUUUUUCUCAAAGUCGUCAAAUGUUAACUGUAUUAGAAAAGUUUAUCAUAAAGGAAGGUUAUUCCUAUUUGCGAAUGGACGGGGCAACAUCAAUUGCAAGCAGGCAACCGUUGGUAGAAAAGUUCAAUACUUCGAAGGAGAUCUUUUUGUUUCUUCUCACAACUCGUGUCGGUGGUUUGGGUAUAAAUUUAACAGGCGCGAACAGGGUUGUAAUUUUUGACCCAGAUUGGAACCCUUCAACUGAUAUACAGGCAAGAGAGCGAGCUUGGCGGAUUGGACAAGAGCAUCCAGUUACUAUCUACCGGUUACUUACGAGUGGUACUAUUGAGGAGAAGAUUUAUCAAAGACAGAUCUUCAAACAAUUUUUGGCUAAUCGAAUACUGGCGGACCCGAAACAGCGAAGGUUUUUUAAGACGAAUGAUUUACAUGAACUUUUUACUUUAGGUGACGAGAAGGCGAUAAAAAGUAGUGGGACUGAGACGGCUUCUAUAUUCUGCGGCACAGCUGAAGAAAUAAGCCGGGAGAACUAUUUUGAUAAGAUUAGGAAGCGACGUAAGGAAUCUGAGAAAAAGAACAAGUUGAAGAGAAGAAGGACAGGGUUUGAUGAUGAUUUAGAUGACGAUGAUGAGGCCAGAGAAAUUCUUGAUGAAGUCUUACCUCCAGAACGUAUUCAAGAAUUGAGAGAAAUUGCUCGCAGAAUUAGCAGGUCUUUAGGAAAGUGUUUGCCUUGUGAACGCACUGCGGAGGACGGGAAAAAAGCAAAUACAUCUGAUAAUAUUAGCGAAACAGGAAAUUCAGUAUUGAAUAAGUUUUCUGCUAAUAAUAAGAAAAAUAGAAAAAAUUUGUUUGAUAAGAAGUACGAAGUCCCUUAUUUAACCAAACAAACAAAGUACAAAGAAGCGAAGGAAGAAGAUAGGUCUAAAGAACAGGUGUUGAAUUUAUUAGGAAUUAAUGGGAAGAACAUGGCUUUUUUAUCUACACAGUUUGACGACUACGUCUUGGGUAUGCUUUUGAAGAGCUCACGAGUACAUUCUGCCCUUCGUCAUGAUCAGAUUAUUUCUGAAAGCACUCCAGACGAACAGUUAAUUGAAGAUGAAGCGAACGCUGUAGCAAAAAGAGCUGCUGAUUCCGUACGUCGUUCUCGGAGGAAACUAGGUGAAGACGAAACAGAGCAGAGAAGAUUGCGCUUUGGCUUGAAAGCUGCAGCUGGUUUUUCGUCAUCGAGUAGCAGGAGCCAACGUGACGAAGAACGUUCAGAUGAACUUGUUUUUAGUGGUAGCGCUUUACUGAAGCCUGCAGGCGGCGAGGACAAUUUGUUAGAGAGUAUUAAGAAAAGGAAAGAACGUCUUUUGGAAAAUGAAGAUGGUGAUGGACUACAACAGGAGAGGCAAUAUCCUUCUCUGCUCUCAACAAAUGUUGAUAAGACUGAAUCUGGGAAUCGAUUUGACGAAAUUGCAGAAGAGAUACGAACUUUUUUAGCUUUACGAGAAGGGAAAGCUACAACUUUUGAAAUUUUAGAAAAGUUUAAGAAUAAAGUGGCAGUACAAGACUCAACGGCUUUUCGUGCGAUUCUCAGAAAGCUUUGUGUUUUUUAUGCAGAAACUCGUACGUGGUGUUUGAAAGAUGAGUACCGGUGA